AUGACGCGGGUGCCGCGCGACAUCGCGCGACGUAACAGUUGCUGGUGCAGCACAGAGUGGCUACGCACCAGACUGGCGUCGACGGUCACAGUCGAGUUCCUAGAGCUGGUGAAAGAGACCUGUGAUGACUACGCAGAGAUCAAUGAGAUCGUGGAGCGACACUCGACGCUGGAAACUGCCAACACUGACCUGGCAGAGAUCCAAACGGAAUCCGAGACCAAAAUCGAGGAGCUCCGUGGAGAGUUCCAGAGUUACAAGAAAGAGCAGGAAAUGGAAAUGAUGGAACUGCGGAACAAGGUGGCCACGCUGCAAAUCGAACUGGAUGAAUGCCAGAAGAAGCGACAGCAGUUGCAGCACGAGUUUGAUGAAGCAACGCUGGAAGACUCCGAGCAUUCGCUGAAGUUCGGACAAAUCCUCAUGUCAGUAGAAAACUUGUUUCUGCGAUGCACGACCAAGAGGAAAAACAUUCAGCAUGCUCAGACCCCGGUUGAUGACGAGGGGAAGCAAGAAGGUGAAGAAGGUCAGGAUGAAAGCGAGGAUUCCUUCCGAAAGAAGAAGGAGAACGCGAUGAGGCAACUGAAAAUCAUCCUCGCUUACCUCAAGGAUUUCCGGGAAAUUUGCGAGAUCCUCCGGAAAGAAAGAAGAGCAGAUCCCACCCGCGCGAAGCAGGGAGCUUUAGAGGCGGUCACUGCACCGGAGCCCAACAUUCGAUUCGAGGCGGAGAUGCCUCGCGGCGGCGAUCGAGGAUCUCAAAACUCAGGUUCACAGGGCAAUACCAAGGAGCUCAGGCCAAGUGCCAACGUGAGCAGCACCCAGGAUUUCUGA